AUGAAUAUCGAUGCUAAACGAAUUAUUAAACUUCCAUUAAAAAGCCUAGAAACAGAGCUUUCCAAAGAUAACUUAUCUUCAGUUAAUACAUCCAAGUUACCAUUAGACUAUAAUCAGAAUUCAGAAUUGACUAUGCUUAAUAACUCUAAUAAACUUAACACCGGAGAUUUUAUUGAAUCGGAACAUGAAUUAAAACAACAACUGUCAACAUCUAUACUUACUCCUAUAACCUUAUAUUGGCUUCAAGAUCAAGACUUAUCUUCAGUUACAGCGGAAAGCAUAGUUUAUACAUUUUAUAAAGCCAUUCGAUCAGGACAAGAAGGGAUACUUUGCUGGGGAGUUAAAAGAAAAACCGCAACAUCUAUGGUAUAUCAAGAAAUCAAACAACUUCUACCUGAUAUAACAGAUACAAAUUUGCAUCAAAAAAUCCUUAGAGCUAGAAAAAUAUAUAAGUUAUUUAAUACAUUAGGAGUAGAAAAGAUUAAACAAGUAUCUUAUAUCGCUGAUGCGAUUUCAAGCCUCACUUAUCAACGAAUCCAAAAUAUUAUAGAUCAUGUGAUCUCAAAAACCGUGAAGAAUUCUUCACGAUCAGAAAAGUCUCUAUCAAUAUUACCAGAAACCAAGGUAAGUAUCUCAACCACAUCUAAUUAUACAGAUACUUCGUAUCUUGCUCUGCAAACUCAUAUCUCUAAUUCAGAAGAUAAGAUAUUUGAGGAAGUUAAAUCUUUAUCAGAAACUGAGGUAAGUAUAUCUACUGAAUCUCAUGUUUCCGCCGUUUUAGAAAAAGGCAUCGAGAUAACAGCAAAGGCAUAA